AUGGCUGCUGCCGCCGCCGAGGCUGCGGCCCUCGAUCCUAGCAUUGGUUUGAAAAACACUCUCAAAAUAGAGAAUUCCGUCUUUGAAAUGCAGUUCGAUAAGAGAAACGCGCUCGUAGCUAUCGAAAAGAAAUACCAGCAACAAUGGAGGGACAAUGGCGUGUUCGAGGUCGACGCACCUUCUCUCAAGGAGAUACCCGCUGGAGCAAUGUCUGCAAAUGAACUUCGCACGAAAUACCCAAAAUUCUUCGGCACAAUGGCGUAUCCCUACAUGAACGGAACUUUGCAUGCAGGACAUAGUUUCACUGCUAGUAAGAUUGAGUUUAUGACCAGUGUUGCUCGAAUGCAAGGAAAGAGGGCUCUCUUCCCUCUGGGCUUUCACUGCACUGGUAUGCCUAUUCUCGCAUGUGCCGAUAAAUUGAAGGAUGAAAUCAAGGCUUUUGGCAAAAACUUCGAGGGCUACCAGGCUGUGGAAGCCGUUCCUGAGCAGCCACCUGCCCCUACACAGGAAGUUGCGGUUGACCCGACAAAAUUCUCGGGCAAAAAGAGUAAGGCUGCUGCUAAAACAGUUAAGGCGAAAUACCAAUUCCAGAUUAUGUUGAGCAUUGGUAUUCCUCUGGAUGAGAUCUACAAAUUUGCCGAUGCCAGCUACUGGCUCGACCACUUCCCACCACUUGCUAUUCGUGACUUGAACAGUAUGGGUGCAAAGAUUGACUGGCGACGACAGUUCGUGACCACUGAUGCAAACCCCUACUACGAUGCUUUCGUUCGCUGGCAGAUGAAUCGUUUGCACGAAUUGGGAAAGAUUAUGUACGGUAACCGAUAUACGAUCUAUUCACCCAAGGAUGGACAGCCCUGUAUGGAUCAUGAUCGGACGGAGGGUGAGGGCGUUGGACCGCAAGAGUAUACCGCUUUGAAAGUCAAGGUCACGGAAUGGUCGCAGUCAGCUGCCGAAUUCCUGAAGGGAAAGAUUGAAGACGAUGCCAAUGUGUUUUUCGUUCCUGCUACCCUUCGUCCAGAAACUAUGUAUGGACAAACUGCCGUCUUUCUGGGACCAAAGAUCACAUAUGGAGUCUACAAAGUCAGGGAGAAAGAAUAUUAUGUGGUGACUAAGAGGGCCGCUUGGAACAUGGCUUUCCAAGGAAUAUUCUCUAGCGGUGAGGAAUUCCCCAAGUCCCAGGACCAGUUGCCUUUUGUUGCCGAAGCUCCAGGUUCUACCUUUGUUGGUACUUCCGUAUCGGCACCCUUGUCUGUUCAUGAGACCAUCAAGAUCUUGCCAAUGGAAACCGUAUCCGCCACAAAAGGAACUGGUGUCGUGACCUCUGUUCCGUCUGAUAGUCCCGAUGACUACGCUACAAUGACUGAUCUCGCAAAGAAGGCCGAUUACUAUGGAAUCAAGAAAGAAUGGGCAGAGCUUGAAAUCCUUCCCGUCAUUGACACACCUACGUAUGGAAACCUGACAGCGCCAACUUUGGUUAAGAAGCUCAAAAUCAACUCCCCCAAGGAUGCCAAGUUAGCCGAGGCCAAAGAUCUGGCUUACAGCGAGGGAUUCUACAAGGGUACAAUGCUUGUUGGAGAAUUCAAGGGCGAGACUGUCCAAAAUGCCAAAGAUAAGGUCCGUCAAUCUCUCAUCAAGAGUGGCUUGGCUUUUGCUUUCGCAGACCCAUCAGGAAAGGUUGUUAGUCGAAGUGGUGACGACUGUGUUGUUGCCUAUUUGGGCCAGUGGUUCUUGAAUUACGGUGAGAACGAUGCCAAAUGGCAGAAGGACACUUUGGACUACGUUGUUAAUGAUUUGAACACCUAUUCUGCGGAAACACGGAAUGGACUCGAGGCAAACCUUAGCUGGUUGAACCGAUGGGCUUGUGCAAGAACAUAUGGUCUUGGAUCAAAACUUCCGUGGGAUACGAAGUUCCUGGUUGAAAGUUUGAGUGAUAGUACUGUUUAUAUGGCAUACUACACCAUUGCUCACUUGCUUCACGGAGAUCGAUUCGGAAAAACGACCGGUGUUUUGAACAUUAAACCAGAGAGCAUGAUUGAUGAGGUAUGGGACUAUGUCUUCACGAGACGCGAGAUUGAUGACAGCAUCAUCGAAAAGAGUGGCAUUAGCAAGGAGAGCCUGCAAACCAUGAGGAGAGAGUUCGAAUACUUCUAUCCGUUGGACGUUAGGGUCAGUGGCAAGGAUUUGAUUCAAAACCAUCUUACAUUCUUCCUUUACAUUCACAUCGCUCUUUUCCCUGCAGUGUACUGGCCACGGGGUAUUCGAAUCAAUGGCCAUCUGUUGCUCAACGGAGAAAAGAUGAGUAAGAGCACAGGCAAUUUCCUUACUCUCAAAGAUUCUGUAGAGAAAUUCGGAGCGGAUGCCACUCGAAUCGCUUUUGCUGAUGCAGGAGAUGGAAUUGAAGACGCCAACUUUGAUGAAACCGUUGCCAACAGCAACAUUCUUCGUCUGUUUAAACUCAAGGAAUGGACUGAGGAAGUUACCAAGGAUGAACAGCUGCGCACUGGACCUGCAGAUGCCUUCUGGGACAAAUUAUUCAUCAAUUCAAUGAAUGUGAUUGUGAAAGAAGCUGUGGCUCAUUAUUCAGAGACCAACUUCAAGUUGGCUCUCAAGUCAGCACUCUAUGACCUUGUCAGUGCCCGUGAUAUGUAUCGCGAAGCUUCAACAACUGCCGGCGUCGGCAUGCACCGAGAUGUCGUUCUUCGCUAUGUUGAACUGCAGGCUCUGAUUAUCUCUCCUAUUGCUCCUCACUGGGCUGAAUACGUUUGGCUAGAGGUUCUUAAGAAGCCUGAAACCAUCCACAAACAAGUUUUCCCUACCGUACCGGAGGCAGACGUAGCGCUGUCUGCAGCCUCGACCUACGUUCAGACCAAUUCAUCCAACGUCGCGUCGGCGGAGGCAGCCUUUAUUAAGAAAGCGGCCAAGGGUAAGAAUGUCGGUUUUGACCCACGCAAGCCGAAGAAGGUGACUAUCUGUGCAGCCACAAGUUUCCCAGCAUGGCAAGAGAAAUACAUCGACCUUGUGCGCGAGUCUUUUGAUGCGCUGAAUUUGGCCAUUGACGACAAGAGUCUAAACUCUAAGGUGGCCAAGUUUGGUGAAAUGAAGAAAGCGAUGCCUUUUGUGCAGGGCUUGAAGAGACGUCUGGUCACCAAUAAAGAGGCUCCCGAGAUCGUCUUUGACAGAAAGCUGCCGUUCGACGAAAUCGCUGUACUCGGCGAGAUGAGUACAGGACUGAAGAAGGUGACUGGUGCUAAGGAAGUGGAAAUCGUCACACUUGACGAUGGUGGGAAAACUGGCACUGUUGUUGGCACGGGCGAGAAGAGAGAGGACUUGCAAGCUGAGAAUGCGGUGCCAGGCCAACCAGCCUUCUUUUUCGCCAACGUUGCGGAGUGA